AUGUCUCUCUGGAGCUCCUACCGCGGCCUCACCCCCAAAACCCGGGCCCUGUUCGGCAUCGGCGUCAUGGCCUGGGCAGCCAUCGGACUCUGGACCCAACCCCAGGUGGAGAACGCAUUGGGCAUGCAGCCCUCGAAGGAAGAGCAGGAAGCGCUGGAUCGGAAGUUGGCGGUGCGCGUGUCGCGCGUUGGGGAGGAACCGGACAACCGGGCGAAAUGA